UCAAUAUCAAUAUCCCAACAAGCCCACCCAUCCUCAAAAAUAAAUCCUCCUCCCUCACACACAACCUCUACCACAAUCACAAUCACCUUAAUCGACUACACUUACUCCAUCAAAUUCAUUCUACUUACUAUAACAUCAAGUUUACAAAUCCAAAAAGAAAAUGACAGCCCAAGCUCCGGAUUCUCAAAUUAAUCAUGCGGAUGCUAUUCAUUAGUACGUCUUACGUUUCCUCAUCAUCUACAGUCUCCCCCGUCUAAUCUCAAUCUCUAAUCAAACAUUAUAUGCAUAUCUGUGAAUGAAAUGUGAAAUAGAGAGAGAGAGAGGGAGAGAGAGAAACAGACAAAAACUAACAGAAUCAAUCAGCUGGGAAAAUAUAGAAGCAAGUGAUGAUGGGAUGUUAGGAGGAUUUCCAUAUAUUAGUCGUGUGGAUAUACAGGGAUCGAGGAAUUUUUUGGGGAAAUUGGGGGUUAAGGGGGGGAAGUUGGGAAGGGCGGUGGAUUGUGGUGCGGGGUGAGUUUUUUUUUAAGUUUUUCUUUGGAGUGAUGUGUUUAUGUGUUUCUCUUUUUUUCUUGGGAUGUGGUGAGGUUGCGUGAUGAUGGGGUUGAUGGUGUGUUAUUUUGAUUGGGAGCUCGAGGGUGUUUUUUGUCGGUGAUGGUGAGGAAUUAAAGGCUGGAUGUUUAGGGCUGUGUGUACUAGUGUAUGAGAAGGACAGUUUUUAUGUUCGUACAUUUUCCGGGGCUAUGGUUUAAAGUAGCUUUCUGAGCAAUAGUCUUGGUCGAGACGAGCUACUCAAUUCUAACCACAGAUGUUGUUCACAAUGAAAAGCCGUGGGGGAAAUUAUGAGAGAACAUACCUAUCAUUUCGGUUGCGCGAGGAGAAUCUCUUGGUCAUGAAGCUUAAAGAAUUGUCAGCUAACCAAGUUACCAGAAUCGGUCGAAUUACAAAAGCAUUACUUCUAAGUAUUGCUACUACAGUGGAUAUCGUAGAACCAGUAACGAAAUUCUCUUCCGCGCUCAUAGACCACGCAGGAAUCGGUCAGAUAUAUCCCGUCGGCCUUGAAGCCUGGACGCCAAACACAGAAAUCAAAUACGACUUAAUAUGGAACCAAUGGUGUCUAGGUCAUCUAAGAGACUCCCAACUUGUGGAAUAUUUUCAAAAAUGUGGAAAGAUGUUGAAUGAAAAUGGUUGGAUAAUAGUAAAGGAAAAUAUGAGUACGCAUGCUGGCAAUGAUAUGUUUGAUGAAGUUGAUAGCAGCGUUACGAGGUUCGUACAAAUCAGAUAAAUUUGAGAGACCAAGCUUAUAUAAAAUAUUAGGACGGAUGAGAAGUUUCGGGAACUUUUUGAGAAAGCUGGUUUGAAAAUUUUAAAGACGGAAUUGGCAAAGGGGUUUCCAAAGGGCUUGUAUCCUGUGAGGUUAUAUGCUUUGAAACCGGAAUGAAUUUUAUGUACAGAUAUCUUAGGGUUUUCGAAAUAC